GGAGUCCCUUCCUCUGCUCUCAGUGUCUUUGGACUAUUCAAGAGCGUGUUUGAGGAGGUGCGUGGCGGCAGCGCUGGAGUUUAAAGCUUCCUUUGCUUGGUCGGGGCGGCUGCGGAGCGGCGGAGUGGCGUGGACCUCAUGUAGAAAUGACAACAAUGGAAGGGGCCAGCGGGUCGAGUUUUGGAAUAGACACGAUUUUGUCCAGUGCCAGUUCGGGCAGCCCCGGCAUGAUGAAUGGAGAUUUCCGCCCGCUCGGCGAGGCCAGGACCGCGGAUUUUAGGAGUCAGGCCACUCCGUCCCCCUGUUCGGAGAUUGAUACCGUAGGAACGGCGCCUUCCUCUCCCAUCUCGGUCACCAUGGAGCCCCCGGAACCGCAUCUGAUUGUGGACGGGCCCCAGCAUCACCACCACCUGCACCACAGCCAGCAGCCGCCGCCAGCCGCGGCCCCCACGCAAAGUUUGCAGCCUUCGCCCCAGCAGCAGCAGCAGCCGCCGCCGCCGCCAGCGGCCCAGCAGCUGGGCUCGGCCGCCUCGGCCCCCAGGACUUCCACCUCUUCUUUUUUAAUUAAGGACAUCUUGGGCGACAGCAAACCUCUGGCGGCGUGUGCACCGUACAGCACCAGCGUCUCCUCUCCCCACCACACCCCGAAGCAGGAGAGCAAUGCAGCACACGAGAGCUUCAGGCCAAAGCUCGAGCAGGAGGACAGCAAAACCAAACUGGACAAGCGGGAAGAGUCCCAGAGCGACAUCAAAUGCCACGGAACAAAGGAGGAAGGAGACCGGGAGAUUUCAAGUAGCCGAGAGAGUCCCCCUGUGAGAGCCAAAAAGCCUCGUAAAGCCAGGACGGCUUUCUCCGACCACCAACUCAAUCAACUGGAGCGUAGCUUUGAACGACAGAAGUACCUGAGUGUGCAGGAUCGCAUGGACCUGGCGGCUGCACUCAACCUCACUGAUACCCAGGUCAAGACCUGGUACCAGAACCGCAGGACCAAGUGGAAGCGGCAGACCGCGGUGGGCCUGGAGCUGCUGGCUGAGGCGGGGAAUUACUCGGCACUGCAGAGGAUGUUUCCAUCGCCUUAUUUCUACCACCCAAGCCUGCUGGGCAGCAUGGACAGCACUACGGCUGCGGCGGCCGCCGCCGCCAUGUACAGCAGCAUGUACCGGACUCCUCCCGCGCCCCAUCCCCAGCUGCAGCGGCCCCUGGUGCCCCGAGUGCUCAUCCACGGCCUGGGGCCCGGGGGACAGCCGGCCCUCAAUCCCUUGUCCAACCCCAUCCCAGGUACCCCGCACCCCCGGUGAAGAGCGAGCCUGCAGACCCUCCCUGUCCCCUCCCCGACCAGGACGGCUGCCCCUCCUCUCCCCCAACCAGGCAGUCUGGCCUCCCUUGCAGUCUACCAGGAAGCAAAGAAGUGAGCGAGGAAGAUGCUCAGCAGUGGGCGGGGGUCCCCCGAAAGAGCCAGCCCUCCGCACAUCUCCCCACCCCCAGAGACAGGGCUGGAAAGCUCCCCCACAGCAGUAUGACUGGCGAAAACGCUGACCCCACACAAGAGUGCGACCAGUAAGUGAAAACAUCAACAAAAACAAAAACCUCAAGUUCUUUUUCAAAAUGACUUUAGGGACAAGCAGGAGGGAGGGAGGGGGGUGGGGUAAGGAGGGAAGAAAGAAGGGCACGGAGAGGAAACUGCGGAGGCACAGAGAAUUGUAGAUAUACAGCCUCAGAUUCCAAGGCAGAGGGCGUUGCUGUGGACAUUCCGUCUGGCCCAGAGAAAAGAGGAGGGUGACUGAGAACUUUGCACUGAAUUCUCAUGACCUUUUUUCUUUUGGAAAAGUGGCAUGCUCCAUAAUAUGAAAAAAAAUGUACAUUUGAAAGACUGAGUGAUAAGUGAUAUAUCAUAUUUAUUAUAUGUUGUCCAAAAAAGAGUCACUUAUAUACCUUAGUAAAACAUGAUUUUUCUUUUCAUGUCUUUUUGAUUCAGUAAAAUAAAUGCUUAGACAAAAAUAUAGAUUUUUUGGUGAUUGAAAAUUACAGAAAUAAAGUUUAUC